AUGGUUUAUAAUUUAUUAAAGCACCUAUCCAUAAAAUUGAUUUAUAUCUUACUGAUAAUAAAUAUAUCUGGUUUUCAACUAAGAAAUAAAAUUCCAACGAUAAAAGAAAACGAAUUUAAAAAUGAUCAAGCUAAAAUACCAAUUCAUAAGGUAAUACCUUACUUUAGCAAAGAAACUGUAAUAUUAGAAGGCAAUGAAGUAAAAAAAAUAAAUGUUGAGGAUAAUAUAUGUUCAAAUUCAAUUAAAGACCGUGAACAUUUAAAUAGCCCAUCAAGUAUAUCGUUCGAUCUUGAAAAUGAAGCCCACAGUAUCGAUAUAAGGUAUGAACAUAAUGUAUAUUAUCAUGCAAUAGAGACUUUAAAAUUUUUGAAAUUUGGUGUAUGUAAUAAAGUAUUAAAAAUAAAAAUUCCUAUAACUAACGAUCUAUGUGAAUAUGAAGCAUUUAGUAGUUAUAUUUUAAAAGUAAAAUACUUAAAAAUCAUAAAAAGUGAGAAAUUGCUCCAUGAUAUGUUAAAAAUUGGAAAAUUUAUUUUAGUAAAAGUAAAGGAUGAUUUUAUAUUAAGCACAGACAUAGCUAGUUUUAACAAAGAUGAAUAUUUUGUGUUCAGUGGGACAAUGAAAAAUAGUUCAAUACUUAUUGAUAUAUCAGAUUUUAUAACAAAAAAAGUAUGCCCUAAAAAUAUUACCCCCCAAAAAAGUGAUAAUAAUCCGGAAAAAAUAAAUCGAGAGGAGGGAAAUUUGGAUAUAAAAAAACAUAUUACAUUAAUUUUUUUAACGUCUCAUUCAUUGAGUGGUGUGAUUAUUUUUCCCGAGUUUCCACCAAACGUCAAAGAUAUAAAACACAAAAAUAUUAGAAAUAUUGUAAAAAUAACAAAAUCUAUAAAGAAAGAAUACAUAAAUCUAGAAAUGAUGUCACCUUGUUAUAACGCAUGUGCUGAUAACCUUUCAUAUCAAUGUAAAUAUAAUAAAUGUACAGAGAAAGAUACAGCCUUUUGUGAUAAAUAUUUUUACAUAAGUUUUAACAAAUGCUUACCCACGGCAUGUGAAAACAUACUAAAUGAGAGUAAUGCAAAUGAUAAAGAUGUAAACAAUAUGCUUACGGAAAAAAAUGAUAAAUAUAAAGAAGAAGAAGAUAUAUAUGGAAAUGAAAUGAUAAGAAGGGGAAAGAACAAAAAAUUGAGUAUCUUUAUGUGGAUAAUAAAUAAUAAAAACAUUUCUCUCGGUAUACUAAUAUUUUUUAUUUUUGCAAUAAUAUUUGGAUGCCUAUAUUGUUAUUUUCGUUCUAUGUUGAGCUUUCAUAAUGAUGAAGAAUAUUAUGUAUCAAAAUACAAAUAG